GUCAAAUGGUCGCAGUCUUCUCUGCACAACACGCGGUCUUGGAUGCCGCCUCCUCAGGUCUCCUUCCUGUCCCCUCUGCCCACUCCUGCUCCUACUUUUUCUUGCCUGCAACUUCGCCGGCGAAUCUUUCUUUCUACUCUCCGAACCCAUUCUUCUUCUUCCUCUUCUUCGUCUCCGGCUUCUGUUUGGACUUCCGCUUCGAAUCCGAGCCCAAAAGUCGUGGUGACCAGAGAACGUGGGAAGAACGGCAAGCUCAUCCAAGCUCUGGCUGAACAUGGGAUUGACUGUCUAGAACUUCCCCUUAUUCAGCAUACACGGGGUCCUGAUAUGGAUAUGCUAUGUUCUGUAUUAAGUGCAGAUACAACCUUUGACUGGAUUGUCAUAACUUCCCCUGAGUCAGCGCUGGUCUUUUUGGAGGCAUGGAAGGCAGCUGGGAACCCAAAUGUCAAUGUUGGUGUUGUGGGAGCUGGUACGGAGAGCAUUUUUGAGGAUGUAAUGCAGUUCUCCAAGCGAUCACUGAAUGUUGCGUUUGUACCGUCACAAGCAACGGGUAAGGUUCUGGCUUCUGAGCUUCCAAAGAAUGGGAUAAAGUGCAGUGUGUUAUAUCCUGCUUCUGCAAAAGCUAGCAAUGACAUUGAGGAAGGCUUGUCUAAUCGUGGAUUUGAGGUCACAAGGCUAAAUACAUAUACAACGGUACCAGUCCGGCACAUCGACCAAAUGCUUUUAAUGCAGGCACUUUCUACUCCUAUUGUUGCAGUUGCUUCACCUUCUGCCAUUCGUGCCUGGGUCAAACUUAUUUCUAAGUCGAUGUGGUGCAACCAUUCAGUUGCCUGUAUUGGAGAGACAACUGCUUUGGCUGCAAAAAGAUUAGGCCUGCAAAAUGUGUACUACCCCGCACAACCAGGCCUUGAAGGGUGGGUUGAUGGCAUCCUUGAAGCCUUGGGUGCACAUAAUCAUUUCUAGAAGGCCAUUUUAUCAAGUUCCCCGCCAGAGCUUAGCAAGCUGAAGAGUAAUCAACAAGUUGAGAUAAUGGCAGCAACCCAUUGGUGCAAAAGUCUGUAGCUUAUUCAAACUUUUGCAAGCAGCAUAGCAGAUGGUACAAGAUCUUUGACAUGCUGAAGACACUGUAUCUCAUUGGCAAAGCUUUCUUUUGAAUUUAAUCAAGAGGAUAUCUGGAUGAUCUCCCAAUGAAGAAAGCUUUCCAUUUUCAUUUUAAAGCGAACACCAGGUGCACAACUCUCUCGACAAUGAAUUUGUUUCUAUACUGCACAAAACUUUAACCGAGUUUAUAUUGUCUUAGGAUAAAGUGGUAACUAUUAUCUUUGUCCACAAAUUGUGCUGUAUCAUACCUUUCUGCAUUUAAAUUUUUGGACACAAGCUAUCAGAAAAGAAGCCUUUUAUGCUCA